ACGAGGUUCACGCCAAAGUCUGUUUUGAGCAAACAAAUCCCAAGGACCUCAAACUUCAUUUUGAGGUUUUUUUUUUUUUUUUUCCAUCCCCCCCUAAGCAAACUUUGACAGGAUGAAGUACUACCAGUUCCCUGCUUCUGAGACUGUGUCACUUCGAGCUUAUGCCCAGGAGAAGUAUAAAAGCUCCGCUUCUCCAAAGUCCAUUCGCAGCGUGCAUUUCCCUAAUGACGUCGUUUUCCAGGACUUUGUGCGGCAGGGUGAGCUGGAGAGGAUCGGGCGCUUCAUGCGAACCAGAAGGGUCAGCCUGGAGACUAUCUACCCCUCUGGGAUGGCCGCCAUCCACGAAGCUGUGCUGUCGGGGAACCUGGAGUGCGUGAAGCUCUUGAUACACUAUGGAGCGGACAUCCACCAGAGGGAUGACGAAGGGUGGACGCCGCUGCACAUGGCCUGCAGUGACGGCUUCCCUCACAUUGCAAGCUAUCUUCUCUCACUCGGCGCUGAUCCAAAUCUGCAAAAUGAAUGCGGGGAGAAGCCAUAUAACCUCAUCGAUCCAGAGAACAAGGAACUCCUGGACCUGUUUGGCCUGGUUGACAACGACUGACUCUGAUCGCUCUGUGGGACAUGAGAUUAGUCCAUUUGCUCCAAUUGUUCUGUCGAGGCAGAGAAAAAAGUUCUCGUGACUUCCAAGUCCUGAACCAGAAAGCUGCUUCAACUGUGGAGGUGACACUGGUAGAAGGAAGCACAGGGUUUUUUUUCCUACAUGGACUUGCAACAGCCAACUUGAGUUGCAUUUUUUUUUUUUUAAGUCAUGCAGUCAGUUUGACUGAAUAAUUUCAACACACGCAAAAUGUAACUUUAUCCUGGAAGGUUGAUACAUUGAUUGGAAAUACGACUAAACUACGCAUAUGUAUGCUAC